AUUACAGCAAAACCUUUCGGGGAUUUUUCCGAGACGGCUGCGGAAGGAGGGUCGCUCGGUCCGGGUGGCUCGCUGGGAAAACCCCAGCUUCGUUCGGAGCACUGAAAAGAGAGGGCGACACAGCCUUUGCACGCUUUCCCUUUGACGCGGUCUCAGCCAGUUCUCUCAUUGUCCUUGAAGACAUUCCGGAAGCUGCAUAUUGAUCUUUCAUUCACUGCAAAGCUCUGUGGAAUCAAGUUAUGUCAACAGCUGCUUUAAUUAAUUUGGUUAGAAAUGGAGGGUAUCAAGUGAGAAGGAGAGCGCUGCUGACAUCCCGCCUCUUGCAAGACGACAAACGCUUGACUGCCGUGUGCCAGAGCUCCACCACAGAACGCAGGGCUUCCCGCUUUGAUCCAGACGGCAGUGGGCGUCCAGCCACAUGGGACACCUUUGGGAUCUGGGACAAUCGCAUUGAUGAGCCCAUACUCCUCCCACCCAGCAUAAAGUAUGGGAAACUGAUUCCCCAAAUCAGUCUGGCCAAGGUGGGCUGCGCAAGCCAGAUUGGAAAGCGGAAGGAAAAUGAGGACCGGUUUGAUUAUGCUCAGCUGACAGAUGAUGUCCUGUAUUUUGCAGUGUACGAUGGGCAUGGUGGGGCUGCUGCAGCUGAUUUCUGUGCUAAGUACAUGGAAGAGUACAUUCAAGAAUUCCUUUCUCAGGAGAAGAAUUUGGAAACUGUGUUGAGCAAAGCUUUUCUAGAAAUAGACAAAGCAUUUGCGAGGCAUGCUCACUUAUCUGUUGAUGCGACCCUGCUGAACGCUGGGACCACUGCAACAGUGGCCCUGCUGCGAGAUGGUAUUGAACUGGUUGUGGCCAGUGUUGGGGACAGUCGUGCACUGUUGUGUCGAAAGGGAAAGGCCAUAAAACUCACCAUUGAUCAUACUCCAGAAAGGAAGGACGAGAAGGAAAGGAUAAAGAAAUGUGGUGGCUUUAUAGCCUGGAACAGUCUGGGGCAGCCCCAUGUGAAUGGUAGACUUGCAAUGACGCGGAGUAUAGGCGAUUUGGAUCUUAAAAACAGUGGAGUGACAGCAGAGCCAGAAACUAAAAGGGUUCAGUUGCAUCAUGCAAGUGAUAGCUUCCUGGUCCUUACUACAGAUGGCAUUAACUUCAUGGUGAACAGUCAAGAGAUAUGUGACUUUAUUAACCAGUGCCAUGAUCCCCCUGAAGCAGCCCAUGUUGUGACUGAGCAGGCUAUACAGUAUGGUACUGAAGAUAACAGCACUGCUGUCAUAGUACCAUUUGGCGCAUGGGGAAAAUACAAAAACUCUGAGGUCAGCUUCUCAUUCAGCCGCAGCUUUGCCUCGAGUGGAAGGUGGGCGUGAGGACCUGCUGGAAUCAGAUUUUCUGUGCAAUAACCUGUAUGCCGCAUGCUACAGGAGAACACAUCUUGCCCAUUUAUUUUUCUCCUAAUAUUGUACAAAAUAGUAAGCUUCCUGCUUUCUGGGUAACAAACCCUCAUCACGUACAUGUCCCAUUUUAAUUGGUUUCAGAUAGGUGUUCAUUUUGCUGACUUUUUUUUGUUUUGAAUCCCAGAAGAUGAUGGGUAGUCCUGUGCAGAUGGACUAGGUGCAGGGCAGUAUUCAAUACAGGUUUUGUUCUGACUGAUUUAUCUAGUCCUCUGUGAAAGAUUGAUACGCUGGAUAGACUGAGUUCUGUGCUCCCCUCUGUGCACAACACACAGGGGAGGGGAGCAAACACGUAAUCAUGAGGAGACGAAAGGUGCCUGUUUUGUCUUCCACUGUGUCACAGCCACCAAGAAGUCCCUCGGUGCUUCAGGAGAAUCAUGUGAAAAAUAGUGGCAUGGCUAGAGAGGAUUCAGGAAUAGGCUAGUCUAUACAGCAAGUCCCUGUGACACAAUAGUGUAAGUUUAGCCCAAAAGUCCUGUGUAAAUUAAUGCUGCUAAGCAGAACAAUACCUUGACCUCCACACUCUGCAAGUUGAAGUAUGUGUGCUGGCCAGGAGCCAAAGAUGCGUGGCAGCCAAGGCAGAUACCCUGCCACUGGGGGCAGAGGGGAUUCCCUACAAUGGCCUGGAGUCUGUGAGGUCUCUGCUGUCCUACAUCUCUGACCAAUUUGUUAUUUGGAGGCCACGUUGCAGUCCUCUGUGCAGACCCCUGGCACAAUUUCACUGAGAAAAACAUGAAGCUGGUCUACAGGGGUUCAAAAAGCUGCAUAUUUUUCAAAUUAAGAGGCACUGUGAACUUGAAUUCCAUUUUUUAAUUAUUUAAUUUCUAACUAUUCCAUUUUCUAGUAGAGCUCCCUGGAAACAAUGCAACAGGAAUGUUUUAAUUCGUUAAAAAAAAUGAGUCAGGGCUUUUGUACUCUCCAGAAAAGCCGGUUGCUAGUUGACUGUGCACAGGAUGCCAUCAGGUGCACAAAGUAAACUGGAAAAAGGGGAGUGUCAUGGGGCGCAACACUCACCGCUGAAUUGGCGCCUUUCCUGGUCACUCUGGGGAUUAGCUCGAGGAUGACAUCCCUGUCUGUGGUUUGCACCCCGUCACUCUGUCCUGUUUCUGCUGGCGGUCUCUCCAGGAGCUGCCAUGUCCUCUUCAUGACUUGGUCCUCCGGCCAUGUCACUGCCUGUGUUUCCCCCUUCUGGGAGCCAGUACCUCACAGUCCAUUCAUCCCCCCCAUUUCCAUCAGUGGCAAAUGUGGGGGACCCAGGCCCAUCUACUACUCCAGGUCCCAACCCAGGGACUCUGUAGUUGGCAGCCACAUGCUGCGUCCCCUCUGACUGUUCAGUACAUUUCCCUGAGCCACUGCCCUGCAGCCCCAGCACCUUAGAAUCAUAGAAUAUCAGGGUUGGAAGGGACCUCAAGAGGUCAUCUAGUCCAACCCCCUGCUCAAAGCAGGACCAAUCCCCAAUUUUUGCCCCAGAUCCCAAAUGGCCCCCUCAAGGAUUGAACUCACAACCCUGGGGUUAGCAGGCCAAUGCUCAAACCACUGAGCUAUCCCUCCUUCUUCACCUUUACUUCAGGGCCCCUGCUACUCAGUCCCAACAGCCAGCUGGGAGCUCCCUCACUCCGGUCCCUGCCAGCAGCUGCCCUAUCAAUGGUGCUAACUUCUCUUUUAGCUGCUAGGAACUCAGUCCUUACCCCUGGAGCUCCAGGCCAUGACUGCCCAAAUCUGGGCCCCGCAGCUUCUUUUACAUGAGCCUGCUGAGCCCGGAUUGGUUGCUCCCUGCAACCCCUCUAGGAUUGGCUGCAGUCCGCGCAGCCACUUUAGGUUGCUCAGAGGACUCCCCUCCACUGCUCCCUCCUGGGGUUAACGCCUUUCAUGCCAGUGUGGGUUAGAUACCCCACCACAGGAAGAAAUAUCCUUUUUUUGUUUUUAACUAAUUUUUUUAGCUUUGGGCAUUGCUUGUAACAACAGUAGCUGCCAGAUUUUCAGACAGAAAUAUGAUUUAUUUUUUUCAAGUUGACAGCAUCUCUUUCUUUUUUCCUCUUCCAUUUUUUUUUAAUGUGGAAGGGGGAAUAUGGGAGUCGGUGUCAAAUUAGGCACAAAGGGCCAGAUUCUGUUGAUUUCUGUGAACGGCCCUGUUCUGGCCAGCUAAAGAUCCAUCCGAGAGCACCCAAUUCUGUGCUCACUUACUCCGUUGUAAAUCAGCUGCACAACUCUCCUGACCUCAACAGAGUUACACUCGCUAGACACCAGUGUAGGUAAAGUCAGGAAGAGAGAAAUUGGAAUCGAGUUCUCAUUAGUUUUGCCAUCAUAUUUUUCACAUUGGACCUGCUCCUGGCAAGAAAGAUUUUAAAAUGAAAUAAAUCACCAGAGGGAAAAUUCUGCUGAGCUGCCUUGUCAAACACUUAUUAUACUGUGAAUCUUAACCUCUGUUACUUUAACCCUUCCUGUGCCCAGGCUCACACCUUGUACAGCCAUUCCAGAUGUUUCUCUUUGCAUAUAUUUAAAGAUGCAUGGGCACCCUUUAGGCAACUAUGCUUAAUAUUGUCCUGAAGUGCUUUGCAUACAGAAAGUGUCCUGCUUGUCUCAUUACUCAGUGUAUUAUAUGGUGUAAACAAUAUUUAUAUUGCUUUUAUAAGUAGAGUUUAUGAAACAAUAUUUGUAAAUAUAUAUUAUAUAUAUCCAAUGCUAUUGCAUAGCUCACUGGAAUGGGUGUAUAUUCGUGUUUCACAAUUAUAAUCCUUCCCUUCCCCCCAGCUCCCAUUUCUGAGGGUUUGGAGUAAGAUUUUUGCUUUGGGUUAAGGGUUUGUGUCCGAAGUCCUGGGCCCAGCCCUGCUUCCCCUGAGUUGCCAUUAGUGGGAGUCAGAACAGGUUCUCAGUCUGGAACAAAUUGGUUCCCCAAUAAACUUGGUUUGGGUCUGUAUUUGGUGUUGACAAAACACUUCUUCCCUUGAGCAUUUUGGGUGAACUGGCCCCGCUGAAGUGAGUGGGAGUUUUGUCAUUGCCUUCAGUGGGGCCAUUUUUCCACUCUGCGUCUUUGUGCACUUCUGGGACUCAGCGGUUUAUUUCCUAACUUUAAACGUGUAGGCCUGAGAGCAAGACUUUCAAAGUGGCUAUUGCAUGUAUAGAGAAACUAACCACAGGACUCCUGCUGAAGUCAUUUGAUGCGUAUCAUAGAUCCAUAAAACACAGAUAGGCCCCAUCAUUCUAUGGGUACUACAAUAGCCUCAACUCAUAGUGUAUGUUCUGAGGACUGCUUUGUGAAUGCGUGCCACUAAUAAUAAAGUGGUGAGAAGAGAACAAAGCGCUGCAGUGUGCAGUACUAUGAGACUUUCUCCUGUGACAACUGUAGCCUUGGUAACGAUACAAAUCCAAUGAUUUCCACUUAAUCCCUAGUGAAUGUUUGACCACAAGACAAAACCAUCCUUGCCUUGGUACAAGUAGCAGUUUGUUUUCAGGUGAGGCCUGGGAGUGGAGCAGCUGGGGUGGUGGCGUAGGCAACAAAUGAUAGAUGUACAUUAACAGAACUGUAUGGGAACAGUUUUGCAGAAGGUCCAUCAACAUUUUGCCUCGCUCCAACUGGUGCUUAAUCCCUCCCUUUCCUGUAGUCCAUUAGCCACGUAUCCGGUCUGAAAGCACCUCAGAGACAUAGGCUUUUAGUAGCACAUGUUCCAAUUUAUUUCGUUCUGGUUUUUGUUAGUUUUUCAAUGUGCUCAAAUUGGGGUAGUGUUUGCCACCUUCUGAGCUGCACCCCUCUAUCGAGUGGCUGGUAGGUAAUGAAUAAUACUGUACGUAGAGCGUCUUUGCGUCAGUUAAUAGGCUGAGUAACUCAACGAGUGGCUUGAAGAUGGGGUUUAAGUAUGACCCAUAACAAUAUUUGAACUGGAAUGUGAGUUUAGGUUCCUUAGGGUUUUGCUGCAUCACUGUCCUAUAGCCUGUCACCUAGUUUUAUAGUGAAUUGGAGAUUUUUCAGUCUAUUGGCUGGCUGUCCUCAUUGAGAAAGAAUUCAUUAAUAAUUUCCUAUCAUGUUAGGACGGAGAUAAAGCUCUACAAAAUGUGUGGUGUAGAGGGGCUCCCAUUAACCUUUCUCACCAUGUCUCAAAGGGACAUUCAGAGGCACCCCAUUUAAAACUGAUAGAAGGAAAUACUUUUUAACACCAUGUACAGCCUGUGGAACACCUUGCCACUAGAUAUCAUUGAGCCCUUGGGGGUUACGGGAUUUACGGCAUAUACCACCUCCUAUGAGUGAGCAGCUGAGGGGGUUAGGAAAAGCUUUUCUUAUUCCAUAACUGUCCACUGUGGAGUUUUUUGCUUCUUCCCCUGAAGUGUACAGCUACUAUAGGAGUCAAGAUACUGGCUGACUGUCCCAUUGAUCUGAUCUGGUAUGGCAAUGCCUAGCUCCCUAGUAAAGACCAGAGCUGUGGCAUUUCCAUGUAAGAUUGUAGCCUUUCAUGUGGUUCUAAUGUGAGUAGUGUACUCAGUACCACAUUGAUCACAUGCUAGGAAAAAUACAUUAUGUUGCAUUGUUUGUAGAAGACAUCCUGCCUCUCAGGGCUCUUCUUCCUUACACAAUCAUAGCUACUUGCCCCUCUUCAGAACCACAAUCACACUUUUCUCCCACCACAGUCCAGUCAGUGGAAUUAAAGGCAUUUGUGACAGGGCCUGUUUUUCUCCAAUGAGUCAGGCACUACAGAUGUUGCUGGGGUCUUGAGUUUGCGUUUUGGCGUUAGACACUGAGUGAGGAAAGAGUAGAAUAAAACCACUCCUUUGCCUUUCAGUGUUGUGGCUAUUUAUGUACCGUUCAGAAUUUGGACUUUGAGAACUAGUUAAUGAGUUGAAUAUCAUUGUUCGGGCAUUGAAGGUGAAUUUGGUGGCUUAGACCCUGUCAGAGGGAAGGAAGAGGUGCAUUUUGAUUGUGUACAGGGAUCAAAUUAACAGUCUCUUUCUAGCUUUUAGCCAGCUCUCUGCUUACGUGGAAUAUCAAGGUGUCCAAGUCAGACUCAGGUGUUUCUCUACGUCAAAGAAUAAUUUUAAAACAAUACAUUCUAGUCUGUCAGCCUCCUGCUGUCUCUGGCAGCUCCUAACACGUACAAGAGAAACCGGUCUUAAGCCCCAAGGGAACAGCAAAAAUCUGUGGCCUAAUAGAAAGGAUCUUUUAAAAUGUAGCAACAAAAUUGAUCUGAAAAUCUGUGCUGCUCUAGUUACAGUGGCCUUUUAUGACAGCAGUUGCCUAUUGUAAGAGGCUUUUAGUGCUACACUAACUCUAUAUACCUGAACGUUUUGUGAACUGAAUUAAAUGGAAUCUCUGCUUUUUUACCCCAUAUGCAUCUAUUAUAUCAAUGGACAGGAGGUUGCUUUUGUAUUACAAACUAAACUGUAUCUUAGAGGUGAACUGCAAAGCAAAGGAUUGUUUUGCUCUUCACUGGUUUUCUGGGCCCAAUUUUGAUGCACGUAUGCAUGUUCAACAGGGCUGAAAGCAACUUCAGUGGAGUAAGGUGCUACUCAUUGUGCCUAAGUGUAUCACAAUGUAGCCGUUAGGAUGCAGAAAGACUGUUUCAGUAUUUUAAAAAUUAUACACAUAGCAAUUUAUUUUUACUACGAAGAUUAGGAGGGUUCCAUUUGCCUCACUCUUCUCUCUUUGCUGGAGGACCUUGGCAAGAUCUUUGGAGCAGCUGAGUACUGAAGUCACAAGAGUAAUCCUAGCUACAGUUCUUUCUCCUCCAACUAAGUGGAGAAUGAAAUGCUGAUUCUUAGAUAGAGAUGUGGUGAAUUCUCCCUCACUUUCAGUGUUUAAGUCAUGUCUGGAGAUCUUUAUAAAAGAUAAUGCUCUGGCUCACACAGAAGUUAAGACCUUGAUGCAGAAAUUGGGUGAAGUUCCAUGGUCUGUGAAAUACAGGUCAGACUAGUUGAUCAUAACUAUCCUGUCUGACCUUUAAAAUGUAUGAAUCUGUGACUAAUCAUGGAGUAAAAUUUGUGGUCAAAGUAAUGGUGGUGGGGAAAACAGCACUGAAGUUGCUGCUUAUUAUGUGUUUGGGGAAAAUGAAGUCUGGGUGAAAUCCUAGCCCUAGUGAAGUCAAUGGGAAAACUCCCACUCACUUCAGUAGGGUCAGGAUUCCACCUUCUGUAGAUGGAAAUGCUAUAAUUAAAGGCUUUUGACUUUUCCAGUUAAGACAGAACUAGCAAACAAUUUAUAUUAAUAAAACUGAAUAAGCUUCGUUCUUCAUCUUUGACAAACUGUUUGUUACCAUUCGUUAGAUAAAUAUGUAGGUCAUUUAUCCAUGUACUGUAUAUCCACUGUACAGGUGUGUUCCUUGCUGCUAUGCCUCCACACAGAGGCAGCUACAAGGUUUCCUCUUUACCUUUUGUUUUGAGUGCUUGGCAACUUUUCGUGUCAUAACUCUAUAAAUGCAAAAGUGCAAUUGUGUUAACUUGUUACCUAGUUUGCCUUGGGACUACUUAGAUUCACCAUGGUUCAAUGUACCUAGUUGGUGUAAUCAAAAUCUAUAAUUCAUCUACUACUUAGUUUGAAAUGAAUGUUCUGUUUUUUAACAUGUUUUUAACGAAGCAGCUGUACAAUGUGAACAGGCUAAAUAUGAAUGCUUGAAGGAUCUUUUAAUAAAGUUUUUGCGUCAAGA